AAACUCGCUUAAGAGAAUGCACGUGGACCGUGUAAUACGACGCGUCAAACCGCGACGCGACUUUGCUUUUGACAUGUUCAUUCCGGGACCACUUGACUUUUGCUUUAUCUACUCCUAGACCAUGGACGAUUCCGACUCUGGCUCUGAUCUUUUCGAUGAUGACUUGAUACUUGAUGAGGAGACUUUAGCAAUCAUCGACCGAGCGAGCAGCGCGUAUCCUUCUUCGGAAGCAAGCUUUCCAGUCUCUUCCGAGCCUGCAGACUCCGACUGCGAUGAUGCAUUCUCAGAUCCAAACAAUGUCGAUGGUGUACAUGUGGGCUCUGAUCCCGUUGCGCCCUCGGAAGCUUCGGUUGACAACGAGGACGAGGAUGAAUAUGACGCGUUUCCUUUCUGAGGAAGAGAAUGAGUACCUGCUUGCGGAGGAACGGAAGCAUCAAACUUCGCAAGCACACGAGGCUCCAGGGCGCGCCGCGUCAGAACAUCCUGCUGAAUCCUUAGUAGAUGAAGGAUCAUGUGACGAUAUUUCGGUUCGUACAAAGUGCUCACAACGGACAGUAGAGUCAAAUGACUCCCACCAGUCAGAUGAGGAAAUGUUUCUAGCUGUUGAAUGUCCUCAGGCAAUUCUACAUGCUUCCGCUGCUUCCUAUUCGCUCAAGGAAUUGGAUUCAAUCAAGAAAUUGCGCAAAGCAACUGUCGCGGUCGAUCCUACCGACGUCAUCGUCAUAUCAUCUGAUGACGAGGAUGACGAGGACAAGUCACUUGCUCUCGCGCUGACAAUCAAGAAACGGAAUGGCAUAAACCCGACACAAUCAAGCCAGCCGCCAACCAAGAGACGCAAAUUGAACUCCCUUGCCGAACACGAACGGAGGUUAGCAAAUAUUGAAGCCGCCAUUCUGAAAAAGACGGCAGCCGACGCAGUUCAGGAAACGAUCGUCGUCCAAUGCCCGCCUUGCGUUUUCGGAAGGAGUAGGAUUCCGUCUUCACCUGUUCCUCGUGUCCUGCAUGCAAAGAACACCGGAAAGCCAAAUCUUCCAGUGGACGUUGCCUCCAAAUCCCGAUCGGUGUCAUACUGUCGCAGCACUCAGUUACCCUCCUCAGAGAGUGAUGAUUCGUCAUCCGAGUCAUCUUCGGACGAGUCUGACAACCUCCUUGCGUUGCCGAAUACAGCUGUUCGUCCUUCACGCGUCGGGAAAUCAGAUGCUGGCAAGCCCUCCGUCCUUGCAAGAUAUCCCUUGGACAAGUUCUUCUCGCAAUUCCCUACAUUCAGGUAUCGACCCGAUGCACCCGUCAAUGAUGAGUUCAAUCGCCUUCGCAUACAUGAAGGUUGGAAGCCUCGGAGUCGCAUGAGUACAGCCAUGUACACGAAGUUCAGAGAAGCUCUGGUGGAUGAAUUUAAUGACAGGUAUGGGAAGGACGAGAAUAGGAUCGAAUCAUGGCAACUUCUUUGCACUAUGCUUCGCAUUGAUCCUAUUCCAACAACCCUCUGGAAAUGUAGAGAGGUUGUCCGUUCGACACAUGUCAACCUGGUUGACUUGCUCGACGUGUAUCGUACGGGCGAAGAUGUGGAGAUCUUCGAGGAUUUGGAGGGCUUGCAGGAUUACACUAUGGAGACCACCAAAUUCUUCCCACUACAAACUGCGAAAGCUGGAGGCGUUCUGAAAUCUUUGUUACGCAAGAUCUUGUCGUGAAAGGGGUUUUGUGACACGCCCACAUUAUUAAUAAGACGACAUAAUUCAUAUUGCAAUCGUUGUGUUUAGUGUCAGCUAGAAACUCGAGGCAUACAAAGACGAAGCAAUGCUCAGGGCUCUCGAUGUGAGCCACUGACUUGCAAACUAGAAGACCAAAGUAUCAAUAGGGAUAACACUCUGAGCAGAUC